CCGCUUCGGGAGGGGAGGGGAGGGGGGGCAGUAGGGGAGGGGGCGAGCCAGUCACACUUGUGUUUGUGUCUGUCAAAGUGCAUAUACCAGGCUCCCCUCACUCGCACGGCACUCUGGGACUGUGCUGGAGCGUGUGGGUUUAGUCACUGCUGAAGAAUCAGAGGACAGUCAGGCCCGAGGGCUCAGCUCAGCUCAGCUCGGAUCAUUUACGAGGUGGGGGGGGGUUGAAGAUGAGGAUUCGCGCUCACUGUGAAUCAUGUGGACCAAAUGCCCGCGGAUCCCAGGAGCUUGGCCGUGCUGUGAGCGUGUCCGCGCACCUGUUGGGGCCUUGUUGAUUCAGUGGCGCGCGGGACCACGAGGAGAGGCCGGCGCUCGGCUGCGUGUGUGCGUUGGUCUGGAGCAGGCCGCAACAUGAGCGAAGGAUCGUGGGAGUGCGGCAGCCCCAGUGCCAGGACACAGCCCAUCAGGCUGAGGUCACGGUCGGGGGCUUCGUCUCCUGCUGCGGGGUCUCCUGGCAUGUCGCCCCGAAACUCCCCUCUGCUCUUCAGGAAGCUUCAAAUGAACCGCAGCAUCACCCUUCAGAGAAGGUUCACACUGGCAUACACACCCAGUUUUGACGUCGAAAAUGGCUUGUCGGUGGGCCGCAGUCCCCUGGACCCGCAGGCGAGCCCGAGCUCGGGCCUGGUUCUGCAGGCCAACUACCCCCACAGCCAGCGCAGGGAGUCUUUCCUGUACCGCUCCGACUCGGACUUCGACCUGUCACCUAAGGCGGUGUCCCGGAACUCAUCCACCACCAGUGAGCUGGAGGAAGGCUUGAAACACUGGGAAGUCAGUUGGCUGCCUCGACAUGGAGAAGACAUGAUCGUCACACCUUUUGCACAGGUCCUGGCCAGUCUAAGAACCGUUAGAAGCAACUUUGCCCUUCUGACUCACCUACAGGAUCACAGCAGCAGGAGACAAUCUGGAGGCAAGCCGCCAUCUUCCAGUAAGGCAAGCAUACCAGAUGAGACGUAUCAGAAGCUGGCCAUGGAGACGCUGGAGGAGCUGGACUGGUGCUUGGACCAGCUGGAGACGCUUCAGACCAGGGACUCAGUCAGUGAGAUGGCCUCCAACAAGUUCAAAAGAAUGCUAAACAGAGAGCUGACCCAGCUGUCCGAAACCAGCCGCUCAGGAAACCAGGUGUCAGAGUUCAUCUCCAACACUUUCCUAGAGAAGCAGCAAGAAAUGGAGGUCAUGUCUCCCCUUCCCAAAGAGAAGGAGAAGACGAGGCUGCCCAUGCCUCAGAUCAUCGGCGUGAAGAAGCUCACCCACAGCCCCAGCAUCACGCCCGCCAGCAUCCCCCGCUUUGGGGUCACCACCGACCACGAGGGACGCCUCGCCAAGGAAUUGGAGGACAUUAACAGAUGGGGCCUAGAUAUUUUCAAGGUUGCAGAAUAUUCAGGGAAUCGGCCUCUGACGGUGGUGAUGUACUCCAUAUUCCAGGAGCGGGACUUGCUGAAAUCCUUCAAGAUUCCCACGGAGACCUUCCUCACGUUCAUGAUGACCCUGGAGGACCACUACCACGCUGACGUAGCGUACCACAACGUCAUCCAUGCCGCCGACGUGGUGCAGUCCACACACGUGCUCCUCUCCAGACCUGCACUCGAGGCGGUCUUUACUGACCUCGAGAUCAUGGCGGCUCUGUUUGCCAGUGCCAUACAUGACGUGGACCACCCAGGGGUCUCCAACCAGUUCCUCAUCAACACAAAUUCUGAGCUGGCUCUGAUGUACAACGAUGCCUCGGUGCUGGAGAACCACCACCUGGCCGUGGGCUUCAAGCUUCUGCAGGAGGAGAACUGCGACAUCUUCCAGAACCUGAGCAGGAAGCAGAGGCAAUCACUGCGCAAGAUGGUCAUUGACAUGGUUUUAGCCACUGAUAUGUCUAAACACAUGAACUUCCUGGCUGACCUGAAGACCAUGGUAGAGACCAAGAAGGUGACCAGCCUGGGUGUGUUGCUGCUGGACAACUACUCUGAUCGCAUACAGGUUCUGCAGAACAUGGUCCACUGUGCCGACCUGAGCAACCCCACCAAGCCCCUGGAGAUCUACCGGCAGUGGACGGACCGCAUCAUGGUGGAGUUCAUCACCCAGGGCGACCGGGAGCGGGAGAAAGGCAUGGAGAUCAGCCCCAUGUGUGACAAGCACAACGCCUCAAUAGAGAAGUCUCAGGUGGGCUUCAUAGACUACAUUGUCCACCCGCUGUGGGAGACUUGGGCCGACCUGGUCCACCCAGAUGCUCAGGACAUUUUGGACACACUGGAGGACAACAGGGAAUGGUACCAGAGUAUGAUCCCCCGCAGCCCCUCGCCCACGCCGGAGGAGAGGGAGGAGAGGGACAGGCGCGACGGGAGGCCGGGGGCCCAGGGGGGGCGCUCCAGCCUCAGCUCCUCGGGUGUUGACAAGUUCCAGUUUGAGCUCACGCUGGAGGAGGAGGGGGAGUCUGACUCCGAGGCUGCCCAGGAGGAGGUGCCUCAGGCAGCGGGGGGAGAGCUCACGCCAUCCUCCCCCUCCUCCAGCACUCCAGGCCCGGCUCAGGGGCUGUUGGACAUGUCUGUACCCUGCAGCCCGGGCCAGCCGAGGAGGACGUUCCUGCCCGCUGAGUCCGCCGCGGGGCUCCGGGCCAGAGAUGCCGGCGAGAGCGACCUCCUGCAGGACGCUAACGGCCUGUCGUGCCUGCGGCUCGGGACAUAGCACCGUUGAGGAGCCGACCUCAGGGCGAGAGACGGUUUCCUGAUGUGGUGUAUAAGGGUGCUGUCACACAAGGGGCCCUCAUGUCAUUGACGGGCAACAAGCAAAGCAACGAGCACAGUCUGUCACGCAUGAACUUAAGCUAUCAUGUGGCGUGCGGGAGCAUUGUGCUCAUGGUAUUCAAUUAGCAAAAUGAUUUUGCAGAGUUAUUAAAUUAGCUUUAGUUCAUCCGCGGCAGACUUUGCUCAUAGCCAAUUGCCCAUCAAUGAAAUUAGUGCCUAAGAGUCUUCGGUGCGGACUGGGGUCCGCUUAAGCUGUUAGUUUGGUCCAAUCCGCUCGCUGAUGUGAAAGCUGUUUUCCGAACCUGGGUGCAUACCGAGGGACCGUAACUAGUCCUCCAGAAAGCGGGGGUCUGGGAAUGGUUCACCUGGACUCCAGUGCGUAUUUGUUGUGAAAACUAUCCAAUCUAAAACCACAAAGUAAACACUAUUUAUGAUUGCGGAUAGAUCCAAAUUCAAAAGUAAAUCACCAUUAUAUGUGAAAUUAUUUAUUGACAUGCAGUUUUCUAAAACAAUGCAUGCUUAACGGGAUGCAUGUAUGGUCUGCAAGCAAAGCUGCAGAUUCAUCUUGCAUUGCCACCUGCCUUCUCUAAAAUCUCCUUAUCCAAGCAGCGAAAAAGACCAAAUUAACAAAAAGAUGAAGAAAAAAACAAAUUGAAUGCGGGCGGCUUUCCAUUCUUCCUCCCUUACUUUGUGUUGUUGCGUAGCGACAUUGGUAAAUAAUGUGGGGGGGCAAUGGGUAAUUGCACCCGAGUUCGGACCAGCAAAGUGGACGAAGAGUGACAACAAUCAAAGCCUCUCCUGGUUGGCCCUGAUGGUGUGUGCUUCGGGAGAGGAUUGACUGAGAGGCCAGCGGAGACGCAGCUGUCCUUGGAGUGACCAGUCAACACUGAAGAUGACUCUGUUCAGUCAAACAAGAAAAACCUCACUUCCCCAAUUCAGAUCUUGUUGAACAAGAAUGUAUUUUCUAAUCUGAAAGACAGCUCUGUUUUGUCUCACGGUUUUAUUUGAAUGGGUAUGUUGACAUAGACUGCUGUACGUGACGAUUUGCACAGGGACUGGACAGAGAAGUUGCAAGUAAACGAUACCCACUUGAGGUCUACUGUGAAAGCAAGGGAACUGCCUUCUUUUGAGGGACGAAAAGUUUGUUGUUCAUCCUUUUCUUUCUGUUUGUAAACGGUGGGACAUUAGAAGUCACAGUGAAAUAACAGGGUCUUGGAGUUAAGCUCUCGCUGGGGAAGACCACCCUUCUGACUUUUCCCAAAUCAAGCAGCGAUUGCUGUUUCAGCUGUAUAGCCACAAAUUACAAGUGACGAGUAGUAAGUGGCAAUUUUACCAAAUAUUUUGACGAAUCCUCAGACAAUUGUGACGCCAACCUCAGGGUAUGAAAAAAAAUCAUUGUUUUAAUGUAGCAAGAACUUUAUUCUGGGUUAUCUUUUACCCCAAACAGAGUUAGAUUGAUGUUUAGAUUUUUGUAUGGUUUAGACAUAUUUAGAUACGUGUAAAUAUCCGUUAUUUUAGAAACCAUAGUAAGUUCUGGUUAAGUCAGGUUUAUUUAUUUAGCACUGAUUUGUGUAAUGAAUAACCACAGACAAUUGUAAACAUAAGCAAUCACUAAGUGGUAUGGGAAAGAUUACCCAUAAAUAUUAUGAUAUUCAUAAUAUGGCCUCAGUCUGUUAGUUUAGUCCACUUUAGUUCACGAAUAUCGAAUAUACGACAUGUUUUUAAAAUCUAAAACCGCUUACACUCAUACUUGUAGAGGUGUUUUGUUCCAGUUUGACCAUGUUUAAUGCAGUCGUUUUCUUGUUUGAGCAUUUUAUAGUGUAUUAAAUGUGAGGAGAAUAGAGGGAGUGUGUGUCCACAGGCCGGCAUUGCUACCAGGCUGGCUCCACUUAAGCACUUUACAACUUAAAGGAGAGUAAAACAACCAUUUCAAAGGGCUUGAACACACCACAACCAAGAACUGGUGCACCCACAACCAAGAACUGGUGCACCCAUGUCCAUAUCCAUGUGUCCAUGUGUCCAUGUGUCCAUGUGUCCAUAUCCAUGUGUCCAUAUGUCCAUGUGU